ACACCUCUCUAUUUGUCUUUUGGCUAUUUCAGAUCUUAGGGUUUCUUUUUUCUGUGGUUCUCCCUUAUAGCCGCCAGAGAAAACUUCAACCACUUAGGUUUUCUUCUUCCCUUUCGAAAUCAGAUCUCGUUCGUUCGCGCGCGCGCUCUUUAAUCAGACACAAAUCUUUAAUCGAAGAUGUCUCGUUGCUUCCCUUUCCCACCUCCAGGGUAUUUGAGGAAUAGCGAUGCCUUGAUCGAACCGAUUAAGCUCCGUAUGGAUUUGGAUAUGGAGAAGCCCAAGAAACACAGAACGGAGGAGGACAAGAAGGAGAGGAAAGAGAGGAAGAAGGAAAAGAAGGAGAAGAAGGAGAAGAAGAGGGAAAAGAAGGAGAAAAGGAAAGCCGAAAAAGAAAAGAAAGAAAAAGAUUCAACUGUCACUCAUGUCAGUUCCGGCGAUAAUAAGUCCAAGCCCAUCAGUGAAGUUAAGGAACCCAAAGUCGAUGGAAAGUUGCUAAAGGGUGAUGAUUGUGAGAAUGAAUUCUUUGAGAGGAGUGGUAUUACAGAGGAACUUGACCAACCUGUCACUUCUCCACAAGAACCUUACUCUUCUGAUAGCUCUCAAAGCAGCAAGAGGAAAAGGGUCACCUUGUUACCUAACAAUGAUCAUGGACCUGCCAUUCGAAUUCGACUACCAUUGAGGAAACAUAGAGAACCUGAGGAAUCCAAACAAGUAUUUCAAAUUGGGUCUUCUUCAAGAGGUGUGGAAAUUGCAGCUUCAGUCACUCGAAAUACUAGCAAAAUUGUUUGUUCUGAACGACCAUUGCCCUGCAUCACCAAAGUACAGACAGAUAAGCUACCUGUAAAUUCUGAUUCCAAAGUGAGCAAACCAUUGCAAAAGUUGGUUCAAGCAAAUAAGCUACCCGGAAAUUCUGAUUCCAAAGUUAGCAAACCAUUGCAAAAGUUGGUUCAAGCAAAUAAGCUACCCGGAAAUUCUGAUUCCAAAGUUAGCAAACCAUUGCAAAAGUUGGUUCAAGGAGAUACUGUGGCAGCAAGUAAGAAAGUUGAUGAUGCAAGUCAAAGAAUGGAAUUGUUCUAUAACUCUUUUCUUCAGAUUCCGCCGCUAACAUAUGAUGGACUCGGUCCAUUAGAUCAAGAUUGGUUAUUUAGUUCAGUACCAACAGAAUCAAUGCCUGUCUCAAAAAAACAGAAGUUUGAUUCUGAUGCCUUUCAGUGUUCAAAAUCUCUACGGCCGCCUCGGGCUCAAUAUAUGCCAGACGUUGGAAUUUAUGCGUUGCCAUACACAGUUCCAUUUUGAUUCUUUUGGAAAUUUUUGUAGGACAAUAGAUGUAGCUUUUAGUAGAGGUCCCAGUGUUCUGCAACAUUGAAAGAGAACCAGGGCAUAAUUUUUUUAAGAGAGAAAAGAAUACCUACCUACAUGUCAUUGGGACAGAGAAUGAACAUUCUUUUUGCCUACAUGAUUGAUUGAAGUAAUUUUGACUUCGAUACCAGACACCAACAGUAGUAUUCGGAGAAUGUACAGACUAACUUGCGUUUGUUUUACAAUUAUAUGAAAAAAUACUGACACUUAUAAACCCAUUUAUUACUUAUAUAUGGUUUUACUGCCGUCAA